AUGCAUAUACAUCAUCCAACAACACGAAGUUCAAGCACAACAUUAAAUGAAUUCAUGAAAAAAACUCCAUCACCUCGUCGUCAAACGACACGUACAACGUCUAAUACAAAUAAAGAUAAUUUAACUUCCACAAAUGUUCAAGUUAUUAAACCGGUUGCUGUGCGUCCACCGUCAUCAGACUCAUCACAAACUCCGUAUAAUCUACGGUCACGUACGAAAUUGAAAACGAGCAAUUCGAACAAUCAAAUUGAAGUUAUACCAUCGUUUACAGAAAAGCUUUCAUUAGACACACCACAGCAUAAACCGGUGCCGCCAUUAACUCGUGCUGCUGCGGCAUCGGCCGGUGUUAAAAUUGAUUCAUUUGUAUGUGAUGAAUCAAGCAAAACUAGUAAUAGUAAUAAUAACAAUAAUAAUAAUAAUAACAAAAUCUCAAUAAAUUCUCAACAAUCAACACGUUCGAGUACAACUCGUAAACGUAAAGCAAGCGAAGACGAUCAUAGGCCUUACUUAGAUUUACUCAAAAUGAAACAGACUCAAUCGACAUACAGCUUUGAUGGCAAUUCACCAAAGAAGAUGACAAGACGUGCCGAUCAAGACUGUAUUGGAGGCGACGAUGAAGAUAGCGGAUGCGAUUAUGAUUCUCCAGCUCAUUCUCCGGUCGACUUCACGGAUGUUCCUCCCGGUCAUGUACUUCACUUUGAAGAGUCAAAUAUGUCGUAUGAUUCGGGUUUUAGUGCUGGAUCUGGUGAAGCAAAUAAUCAACAAAACCUAUCUGAAUAUACUCAAACAUGUUCUUCAUUAGGGAUAAAUAACAGUGGAGUGUCUACACGAAGUAGUAGGAUAAAUUCUAGCAAAUAUCCAGCAGCUAUUGAUCUCGAUGUCAAUGCUAUUGAAGGAGAUCUCGGUUUCUAG